GUAUGGUGAAUUGUUCAUACUUUACGGCGCCCCCUGAAAAAUAUAUAUAUAUUUUGUGUGAUUGCGUUGUUAUUUUUUUAAUAGAGACCUCCCAAUGUUUUGGGUUGGCCUAUUCGCUUGUCAAUUAAAGGAGACGCGAUUAUUCACAGUAAACUCCCAUAAAACAAGAGAAGGAAAAAAAUGUCCUAAACAUAGUUGAACUUUCUAAACAACAGUAAGUGUGACUUUUCGUAUCAUUUUCCAACCGUGGAACUGUACAGGCAAUGAAAACAAACAGGAACCAGGAAAUUUCUUUUUGACGCCCUAAGUCCUGAUAACCGAAAGUGAAACUUAAGCCACUGACAGUGUUUGCAAUGGCUUCUUGUAAACAAGUCUACGGUCUAGAAGAAGAAUUAACAUGCCCAGUCUGUUUGGAUCUCUUCAACAAGCCAGUGAUGCUGGAGUGUGGACAUAACUUCUGUAAGAAUUGUAUUGAUAGCAGUUGGAGUAAGGAAAGCCCAAUCUCCUGUCCUGAAUGCAGACAGGAAUUUCAUGAGAAGAAAUAUGUUGUUAACCGAGUCCUGGCUACGCUGUCAGAAAAAGCAAUGGACGUAUGCUUGGAGCAGAAAGACACUGCAUGCACUCAGGACCACAGCACAAAUAAAACGUUAUGCCCAGAUCACACAGAAAAACUUAAGCUGUUCUGCAAAGAUGAUAUGACACUAAUAUGCGUCGUCUGUCAGCACUCCUGUAAACACGCUUGUCACAGUUUCUUACCACAACAGGAUGCAGUCUAUUUGUACAAACGUCAGCUGAAAAAAUCUCAGUCACCAAUAAAAUGCAACCUGAAGAUACUCCGAAAAGUGCAGAAACAACAGAUGCAGAAGAUUUUCAGUGUCAGAGAGAAAUCCAGAGCUCUGGAGCGACAUAUCAAGUCAGAGUUUGCAAAAUUGCAGCAGUUUAUCCAGAAAAAAGAACAGCAGCUAUUACAGGAACUUAAAGCAGAGGAAGUUAGCAUUGUGACAGCAAUGGAGGAAAAUAUGAAACAAAUCUCUGAAGAAACAAAUGCACUUCAGGAAAUAAUGUCUGACAUUCAAGCCUUGUUGGAACAGAAGGAUUCUGUGGAUUUUAUAGAAGGGAUCAGGUCUCUAAUAAAAAAGUUAUCUCAAGGGUUAGAGGAAGAGAAGACCUCUGUGAAGGCAGAAGCCCAGAGUGAUGAGAAGGAAGCAGAUGUAUCACAAGACAGUAAAUACAAACCUGGAGAAUCUGAGGAAUGGAAGUGUGAAUUAGUAAACCUAAACCUGAGUCUUGGAAAGUAUAAAGGCCCUCUACAGUACAUAAUUUGGAGAGGAAUGAAAUCAUUUAUUAGCCCAGUUCCGUCUCCUCUAAAACUGGAUCCUGUGACAGCCCAUCCUGCACUUUUUCUGUCCAAGGACCAGACUGCAGUACAAUAUGGAGUUAUUAGAUGGCAGCUUCAUGACGACCCCAGGAGAUUUGAUCAGUGUCCUUGUGUUCUCGGAUUGGAAGGGUUCAGAUCAGGAAUACACUACUGGGAGGUGAAGGUUGGAAACAAUCCAGAAUGGGACAUAGGUGUGGCUGGAGAGUCCAUUAACAGAAAAGGCCAGAUAACCUUGACAGAUAAAGAUGGUUUCUGGACUUUACUCCUAAGAGAUGGAAAUAAGUACGUGGUGACAAAGACUCCAUCUGAGGUUCUCUGCUUAACUGUGAAACCGCAGAAAAUUGGUGUGUACCUGGACUAUGAGGGGGGACAGCUGUCAUUUUACAAUGCUGAUAACAUGUCCCACCUGUACACCUUCACUGACACCUUCCUUGAGAUACUGUACCCCUAUGUCAGUCCUUCACUUAAUGGUGGUAUUCAGCACAAACCAAUGCAAAUGUUCAAUCUGAAAAUAUGACAGUUGAUGUACAUUGAUGUCUAAUUGCUGUUUAUAGGCUGUUUUUGUGGAACAAAAUAUAUGAAAGCAAAACAAAAAUAAUGAUUUAAGUAGGGAAACAGAUUAAUAGUUUAUAAUUUAAGGUUACUAAGUUUGUGAAUUAAACACUCUAAUUAUAUAAUGGGAUUUUACCAGUUUAUCAGUAAAAUGCCCAGAUAAACAUGUUGUACAAAAAUUUUAUCAAUGACUGUUUUAUAAAAAAAAAUAUGAUGUAAAUGUAUUUAGUAUUGUCCAUUUUUAAAAUUAGUAUUGUGUAAUCCUGUUGCUUUAGCCUUUUAAUGCGAGGAGUCCGCGAGUCAUUAAAAUAUUUUUUUUUGUUGUAAAUAUUUGAAGAAUUGAAGAAUUAGUUUGUGAUUUCUUUAAAAUGUGCUAAGUGUAGAGUAAGGCUAUAUAAUAACCAUGUACAUAAAGUUAAACAACAGUCAUACUGACACAGCUGUCAGUUCAUUAGCAAAUGGUGAAGCAUUAAAAAUUGGUGUUGAAUGAUAUUCAGCAUAUUAAAGAUUGCUUUUCUUUUUUUGUAUUUGGGCUGUUAAUGUCACCAUGCAUAUUUUCAGUGGGUAUGGAAGGUAUUCCUUUAGUUUCAGAAUUUCACCUAUUUUAGUGAAAAACAUUGAUCUUCUGUACAUUUCAUUGUGGAGGCAUCCAAAACUAAGAGUGUUUUCUACAGUAAAUUUCUAGUGAAAAUGCUUGGAUGGGAUGGUCACAAGUGAAAAAAUGUCAUGGAACAUAAAUGGGAGAGUUGACUAGUUGCACUCAUCAGAAGAGGCAAAUUUCAUUAGCACACUAGGAAAUUAUAAUAAUUUCAGCUUGCUUGCACCUGAGUGUUUUGGUAAGCGGUGAGGCUCAGACUGCCAUAUCGUAUGGCUACACUCAAACUUGGACUGUAACCCCCCACCCCACCCCACCCAACCAUGGGUUACUAGCAUUCACCUACUGCAGCUUCUGAAACAUUCUUUUUGAGACUAAAAAAAUACCCAAGUGUCCACAUUGGAGAUUUAACUGAGCUGCAUUUAGGGAAUAAUUGUAGUUCCAAGGGAUGGAAUGCAUGUAGGAGUCCUUCUUUUUUUUCUGAAGCCCCAUUUCCUCUUCCUCUGUACCCAUAUUUCAUCACUUCACAAAUUACUGUUGUAAGGUUGAUGUCACCAUUCCUAUGACUCUCACGUUCUUCACCAGUUUUCUAAUUGGGCUUACAAGCGUUUCAUCAUCUCUUCUUGAUGUACCCAAUGGUCUUUAUACUUUGGCCAUCCAAUAGGGUUUCCGCGCUGUACCACCUUUAUUAAAAUCAAACAGAUAGUGGUAAUAAGCAAAUGUCAACAGUAGCUAAAUCAAGAUAAGUUCCUAUUUAUUCCAGAUGCUACCCUAGAAGGUUGGCUGCAAAGACCUAGGUGUAGGGGAAAUAAUGAUUUUAUCCUGUGGUUUCAAUUGCUAUGUUAAUUAAAUUAUCAGUUUACCUAAAUUAUUGAGUUUGAGUGUACUGCUAUUAACAAAAUCCAAAACUGGAUAUACAAGUUUAUCACGGCACCAGUGGGGGACACUUAAAUUGCCUAUUACCACUUCACAGAUUAACAAGAUAAUGCAUUGGUGUAAGGAUAAUAGGUAAUUGGAUGCCUUGUUUGAGCUACCAGAGACUAUGAGAUUAUGGAGCAGGUGGGCCAAAGGUAGGUACUCUUAACUGGUAGCCAGCAUGUGGAGUAGCCAACUUUGGGUGAGGGAGUCAAACGUUAACACAUGGGUUGGGGUGGAAGCUGAUCACUCUGUCACUCUGCAGGGCUUGAUCACUAACAAAAUAUUUGGUGAUGAAGGCCAGUGUCUGACAUGAAGUUCAGGCUGGGAAACAUACACUAAUUACUAUUGGGUGGUGGAAAGAACAGACAGGGGACUUAAGUCAAUGGCACUGUGGGUGCAGGCAGCUGACACUGGACACUGUUGUGAUGGGGUGGAUUAAUCAGGGGCUGGGUUUACUGGUACAAUGUAAAAGGGCUAGGCAGGGAACUCAUCACUGCUGUGUUAGGCAGGACAUAGGCUGGGGACUCUAGUUAAUGCCAGGUAAGUGGGAAGACAAGGGAAUAUUAGUACUACAUGAAAAAGAGAAGGAUUAAUUAGGGAAAUGUGAGUGUUGUGUAAAUAGGUAAAGGGGACAGUGGACUCUGCUUUACCACUAGGACUGGUGCAGAGUACUUGCUGUAUGAAUGAGUUGAGCAGGGUAAUUCCAGUUGCUGACAGGAGGCCGGGUGGAGGAUCUAGUUACUAACAAGCCAUGUAGAGGGUGGUUGAUGUUUCAGUUGCUUACAAGCCACAUAGGAUAUUACAGUAGUCGCCUGUGAUAUGGUAGGUGGGGGAAAGGGGGACUACUGACCACUCCCUAGCUACAUCGCUGGGCUGGGAGUGCCGGUACCAUCAGUAUGAACUGGUGGGCUUCUGAGGUUGAUGGAUUCCGAGGAUGAGCCACCAGUUAAUGAGGAAUUAGGGAUGUAGGGUUGGAUGGCAUUUAUUGCCAAAAUGUUGGGAGUGAGGGCAAGGGGAUGUUCCUAGUAGUAUCAGAACUUUGCUGCUAAUUGAGAGUCUUUUCUUCUGAGUUUCUGUGGUAUACUGGGCCAGAUCCCCUCACCAUGAAAAGUCUGUAACCCUGUACCCACAUCUGGGUACUUUGUGAACUUUUAAUGCUGGGGCAGCAGACUUUCUGUAUCAAAAUUCUUUAUCUCAGCCAUUAUGGGUGGACAAGUAGAAUGUAUGAGGCACAGGCAAAAGGUGCUCAGAGUUCUGCCCAAUAGAUUUUAUGACAGUGCCAUCCGAAUGAGUUAUUUAUGAUAAACCAUUUUAGAAAUACAGCUGUCUUCAUAUA